CAGUUUUGGUUGUAAAGUUUUGAUUUUAUUUUAAAAAUUAUUAAUUUCAAGCUCCAGAGCGGUUUAGCCUGUACAUUAUGGGUCCACCACCUGUAGUAACAGGCAUAUCCCCUAAGGAAGGCCCCCCAGGCACUAGAGUUACAAUAAGAGGAGAAUUUCUUGGCACAAGUGCAACAGACCUUAUAGGUUUAAAAAUAUGUGGAUGUGACUGUCUGUUAUCAGCUGAGUGGAAAAGUAAAAACAAAAUAAUAGCUAGAUCAGGCCCAUGCAAGGGUAGGGGAGAUAUUAUUGUAACCACCAGAUCUGGCGGAGAGGGCACUUCUACUGUUCAAUUUAGAGGCUACCAUGAGUCAAUAGGGCCGGUGAAAGAGAGUGCAGUAUGGGUGGAGGAGUCGGCCCCCCUGUCCCUGCCGUGGGGCCGCCGGCCCAUGUCCCCCACCACAUACACCCCGCCGGACCCCCUCGGACUGUCCACCGAGGGGGAUGACUGCAAGUUUCCCGAAGAAGAACUCCAUGAGUUGUAUCCAGAUGGGUCUGGCAAUCUCUCUGAUGAGAACUUCGAGCCAGGCUGGUAUCUGCUGGAGCACCACAGUAACACUUCCUAUGAAGACCUGAAGGCUGGCAUGGUGUUCUUGCAAAGAAAGGUUGAAGGUCAGAAGGAGGGCCAGCUGCACCUGCUGAAGGCCAACACGGGCGCGGUGAUGGAGCAGCUGGACCGGCUCGUGCUGCUCAAGAACAUGUUCGAGGAGGACGAGAGGAAAGCUGGUAGAGAGCCGCUGCCGAGCCUGCAGGCUGCUAUUGAAGAAUCCAUCACGCUAGCGGACUCACUAUUCUCGGAGAUCUUAUCUCGUAAAGACAACGCGGACAAGACGCGGGAGGCGCUCUCGCUGCUCACGAGACACAAGUUCCUGUUCCAACUGCCAGCAAAUAUAGAUAAGAACAUCAAGAAGAAAGACUACGAUCUGGUGGUCAAUGAUUAUGCGAGGGUCAAGAAUCUGUUCGGGAAUACUGAUGUUAAGCUCUUCCAGAAGAUAUUGACUGAUAUCGACAGGAAGAUCGAUGAUUUAAAAACGAAAUUGCGAGAGCAAAUCCAGACGAUGCCCAUCAACAUACAGGAUCAGAGGAAAUACAUCAGACUGCUGAUAAGCCUGAACUGGGACGGCGACGCGGCGUGGGUGGCCAUCAACAGCCGCAAGGACUACCUCAUGGCGCUGCUCGACAAGGUCAAGGACCACUUCAAGCAGAAGGAGGAGCAGGAGGCCGCUGAUAAGGGCAAACGCAAGUCCAAGCCCGACAGCGGUGGCUGGUCGGCAGCGGCGGGCGAGUGGCUGGCGGCGGCGUGCGCGCUGCUGGCGGAGCAGCUGGCAGCGCUGUGGACGCUGGCCAAGUGGUACUUCGCCGGCGAGCUGGCCGGUUCUCCGACCGCUAAUAAUAGGCAGGAGCAGUUUAAGCAAAUGAUAAUCGAAUCCGUGGAGCUAUUCGCCACACACAUGCGCGGCUGCCUGCUCCCCGGCGGGGGCGCGGGGGGCGGCGGGGGUGGGACCGGGGGCGCGGGGGGCGCGGGGGCGGAGCGGGUUCGGGCCAGGCUGGUGGAGAACCUGCGCGCGCUUAGAGAGAUGUAUGAGGCGCUCAUCAAACUGGAUCUGCCUUCGCAGCCGCUCAGCAUAGUGGAGGGUGUGAUCUUCGAGUACCGCGCGCACGGCAUGACCGCCUUCUUGCAGCGCGCGCUGCGCCGGGUGAAGGCGCUGGCUGGGCAGGAGACGUGGAGGAUUGUCGAGUUUACGGAAUAUGGGGCUAUUACUAAUACGCCGCACGAGCUAGAAGCCAUAGUCAAAGACGCGCUGACCCAGAUCCACGAGUGUGUAUUCGCUCCGGGGCGGCGCGAGCGGCCGCUGCUGGAGGCGGGCGCGCUGCAGCAGCACUCGCGCCCGCUGCUGCUGGCCGCCGCGCCCGCGCUCGACCACCCGCCGCCCGACCAGCAGGAGUUCAACAACACCAGCCUGUCGGUGGCACUGGACCAGCCUCUGGACGAGACGUUGCCACAUAGUGCGCAGGACCGCGGCCCGAGCUGGCAACAACGCCUGCUGAUAGCGGCUUGCAACGCGCACUAUACGAGGAAGGUCACGCUCAAUAAUAUCGCGAAAGCUUAUGAGCAAUAUGAAUUUCCAGUACCAACACUAGCAAUCCAGACCACCAAGGAAGCCCUGAGCAAUCUGGAAGCGACUAUAGCAGAAACCUACUUGGAGCACAAGGGAGACCCUCUAGUGGGCACCAUCGAGCCCAGCAUGUACAUGGGGCGGCAUAAAGUGGACCCCGAUGAGGUGGUCGAGGACGCGAGGCCGUAUGUGUACGAGAUUAUUAAUAAUCUCAUAGCCGUACAUGCUGAGGUGGACAGUGUCUGUGGCAGUGCAUCGACUCGCUACGUGCGCGACAUCUGCGAGACAGUGUGCGAGGAACUAGCCCGCCUCGCCGCCGCCGCCCCGGCCGGGGCCUCCCGCGCCGCCGCCUUCCGCGCGAGGCUGGAGUACAGGCUGCUGCAUGUCGCCUGCCAGUCGCAUCUGACCAGGAAGGCUGAGAACUACCUCAUGGAAGCACUAGCCAGCGUGCCGCCUCUAGAGUUCGAUGAAGAUAAAAAACGAAUGGAGGUAUUAGUAGAAGAUUUCAAGAAAAGGAUGGAGCUUCAACUAGCCAGCUUGAACAGCAAUAUGGAGAUCGUAUGAAGGUGAACGACUUUAGUACUUAUAGUUUAGAAUAUAAGGCAUAUUUUUAUAAGCCACACAAAUAAUGCUUUUGCAUGCUAGUUAUUUAUCCUAUAUUAAGUAUGUAGUUAUAGUAUUAUUUAAAAGUAUAUUACCUACAUCAUGUUUAUCUGUAAAUAAGGAAUCAAGUAACGAUAAGAACAUAAUUUAUUUUGUAAUAAAUAUCACGAAAUAUAGAAAUACUAAUAUA